AUGUUGUACUUUCUAUCGAUCUUCCUGAUCUUGCUGGCUUCCACGACGUGCUAUCAGACUCGGUUCAAGAGGGAUUUCAUGUUCAUAACGGACGGAAACAUGACGGACGCGCAGUGCUUCGAAGUGAGUCCCUUUCGAUCGGAUCUGCUUGCAAAUAGACGGGUUCUUGCAGGAUUGUCAGCAGGAUUACCGAUCGAGGUUCGAGUACACUCUGAAUCAGUCACUCGCAGACUUCUACGAUUUCCCCUUCCAUCCCGUCGUACUCGAUCUCUCCUCUUUCCAAUUAUAUUGCAAACUUUCGGAACAGAAAACCAAGUGCUUCGCUGAAAAAUGCAGUGAUUAUGUUUGUGCCUUUCGAAAAUAUCCGUUUGAGUGAAAAUGAACUCAAUUUCAGGCGGCCGACAACUCGUUUUCGCCUUCCAAUUUCGUGUGCAACUUCAAGAGAUCUCUGUUCGAAAAGUCUAUGAAAUGCAUGGCGAAAGUGAGUUUUAUUUUCAUAAUCAUGAUUCUAAAGAUCCUUCUAUUUAGACCGAGCCGAUCACUUUUCUGAAGUGCGACCACGAAUGUCACGAUGAAAUCGUUCGGAGCGAUAAACUGAAACAGAGCUCUGCGAACAAUCAAAACCAAGUUUUCGUCUCGUCGGAACUGUCGACGUACGAAACGGAACUGGACAAACUGUGCAGGUUUCAGACGUGCUACAUGACGUGCAUGGCCCCCGUCGUUCGAGAAGUAAGCGGGUACCGUAGGCUUUGCUUUUCUAUUUUUGUAAACAUUCAGAUGUGUGGAGAAGAAGAAUCGAGGCAUGCGAUCGAGAUUGUGGAGGCGUACGUGCAAUGGCACGCAGACGACAUAUCCGAUUGGCACUCGAUUACCGGCAACGACGAAACGCUUCCGAAGUCGUGCCAGACGCUGGUCAAAGCACACCAAAAGACGGACGAUCCGAUUCUGCAGCUUAUCGGCGAUGCCGCACUUUGA